AUGGCUGUUGAACAAGCAAUUAAACAUGGAGAUGAAGCGGUGCAAGCGAAAGAUUUUCUAGGGGCAAUUCAAUUUUACACUCUGGCUCUUAAGGAGAACCCACAAGCUUUUCAAGCAUAUUUGAAGCGAGCAAUAGCGUACCUGAAAUUAAAGAAUUUGGAUCAUGCAAAAAAGGACAUCUCAACAGCAUUUACAAUUGCCAACGAUAGAGGUAAGCGAUCCGAGAUUGGAUUAUGUUACUUUAGAUUAGCAAUCAUUUAUUAUCAAGAAAAGAAACUUAAAUUGGCAUUGAGUCAAUUCAGCAAAGCACUAGAAUAUGACUGCAAAGAAGCAACACUACAAAUGUGGAAGGAUAAAUGUGAAUACGAUUUGAAAAACCAUCCAGAAUGGAAUGUCGACAAUGAUGAUGAUGAUGAUGAUGAUGACAAAGAAGAAGAAAAAAAAGAAGAAGAAGAAAAAGAAAGAGAAGGAGAAAGAGAAGCAGCUGAAGUAGUAGGUGGUGAGAGAUCUACUCUGAAUUUAGACAGCAGUGGAGAUGGGAAAGGGGGCAGUGAGCUUAAGUCUGAGAUAGUGGAAAAGACAGAAACAACUAAAGCUCUGGCGACAGAAGCAAAUGCUUCCAAGCCAGCAACCCAGUCCAAUGUUGACGAGAUUAAUCGGAUUGCUCCGUUGAGUGUGAAGAUCAGAGAAGAUUGGUAUCAGUCCAAUGAUGAUGUCAUUAUUACUAUAUAUGCUAAGAAUAUCAAAGAAGACAAGCUAAAAGUGCAUUUUGAGAGCAAAUCGGUCUCGAUCUCUUUUCCAAGUGCAAACGGUUCCGAGUAUAACUACAAUCUUGAUCCUUUGUAUUCUGAGAUUCGCGUUGAGGAGUCGAGGUUUAAAAUAUAUUCAACUAAAUUAGAAAUAUCAUUGAGAAAAAGCAUUGCGGGAAAAUGGCCGUCGUUAGAGAAAGAAGAAACUUUGACCAAUAAUGGCAAUAGUAACAACAAGGGUAGACAAGAAGAAUUGCAUGCUGCUUACCCGUCAAGUUCAAGAAAAAAAAUCGACUGGAGUAAUUUCAAAGUUGAAGAUGAAACAGAAAACGAAGGUGGUGAACCAAAUCAAUUUUUUCAGCAGAUAUUCAAGGAUAUGGACGAAGACUCAAGAAGGGCUAUGAUGAAGUCGUAUGUGCAAAGUAACGGAACGGUUUUAACCACUAAUUGGGAAGAGGCCCGUGACAAGGAGUUUGAGACCUCACCACCAGAAGGUAUGGUGGCCAAAAAGUGGGGCGCUUAG